AUGAGCAAAUAUUCUAAUUUAAAAGAAGAUUUAAAAGUUUUGAAGGACAUGUAUCCUGAAGUAGAACUGUUCUUCGAUAUGAACGCUAUUGACAAGAAUAUUGUGCUUAGAGGAAAACUUCAAUUUGAUAUGUUUCUACCAGGUGACCAUUUGUUAGUUCGUUGUGAAGGAUUUGAAGAUUUAACUCUCCCUAAAUUGUCUGAUAAUGUCUUAUCCUUUUUAAUUAACCCGGAAUUUUAUCCAAGCAUCGAAUACGGGCUCAAAUUUGCUAUUCAUUCCUCAUGGAUGUCCAAAGAUGAUAAAACUUUUAUAAUAAAGGCUAUCAAUAAAGAGUUUAGUGAAUUAACUAAUCCAAUGUCUGAUUCAUUUGAUCCCACUACACCCAUAUUGAUGUUACUUUUUGAUUUCCUUAUAAAUGAUGUUUCCAAACUUAUAUUCCCUAAAGAUAUAAAAAUAUGUCAAGCUAAAGAAUCCUAUAAUAAAUUUAAACUUUUGUUGAAUAUAAUAAGUAAAAAGGAAAAGGAGAGAACAAAUUUUAACUGCUGUAUUUGUAUGGAGACUAAAAAGGGUAAUAAAAUGGUUAAAUUGCCUUGUUCUAAUGAAGAACACCAUCUUUGUAUAGAUUGUUUAACAUCAUAUUAUAGCACAAUGAUUAAUGAGGGACGAAUGAAUAAUGUUAGAUGCCCUGAAUGUGAAUAUCAUGAAAUUCGCUUAGAAACAUUCCAGGAUUUUCAAAAAAUGAAGAAAGUAUUGUUUACACCCACCAUUCCAUUCGAAUUCUUUGAUGGACUCUUAGCACAAGAUAUAUGCCAAAGAUAUAGGGAUAUAUUUUUCUCUCAAUGUGCCAUUAAAUUAUCAAAGUAUUCACCUUAUUCAUGCUGUACCUGCCCCAGAUGUGAAAAAUGGUGUAUCAAGAAUAAUCUAGAUGAUCUCAUGAUGGAAUGUGAUAAUUGUAAACUCACAUUCUGUUUCGAUUGCCUUCAUUCAUGGCAUGGUUAUAACAAUAGGUGUGGUAAAAAAGUCACUAUCCCAGAAGAAGUUCUUGAAGAAUACAUCAAUGAGACAGAAGAAAAUAGUGCACGAAAGAAAGCUAUUGAAACUAAAUAUGGGAAAAGAAUGUUAACCCUAGCUGUUAGUGAUUAUAUGGCUGAAAAAUUACUUGAAAUCGCUAUUAACAUCGAAGGGUCAGACUUACAAAGAUGUCCUAAAUGCAGAUGUGUGGUACAAAGAAGUGAAGGUUGUAAUAGAAUGAAAUGCGAGAUAUGUGGCACUUUGUUCUGUUAUCUUUGUGGUGAUUCAUUAUAUGUUGAUGAUUGUUAUAAACAUUUUAGAGAUCCUAAGUUACCUUGCUACGGAAGAUUAUUUGAAGGUAUGCCAGGAACAGAAGACCUGUAA